AUGAACUCUGAAUUAUACUCUGAUAGAGAACUAUUAUAAGGAAUAAAAAAAUCAGAAUCUAUGAGAAGUUAGAGACAAUUAAAAUCAUGCCCAGCAUACUUGAAAACAUUGCAAUUUCAAAAAUAUUAAAAUAUAUAGAGAUCAGAAAAAACUUAAUAGUUUUCUAAGGCAAACCCUUUAAAUGUUUUUAUAAGAAUUAUUAGAUUCAUCACAUUAAUUACACAAUCAAUUUUUCCGUAGGAUUUUAAAUAUUUGGAUUCCAAUAUGUUUAAAAUAAUUGGAGAUAAAACUGCAGAUUUUAGUUUUUAUGUCAAAAAUGAUUACUUUAAAUAUAUAGUAAAUAUUAUUUAAUCAUAGAAAGCUGCUCCAGAAUCUAGGAUAUAAUAAUUUUUAUAAAUGACUAUACUUAGAUACUACACUAUACAAUAAUUAAUAGAGUACUUAUCUCAUGCUAAAUUUCUUUUUAAACCUGAGUAGACACAAAUGCUUAUAUGGAAUAUAUAUUUGCUUAUAAUGAUAAAUUUUAACUUUUUAUAUUGUUCGAUAAAAUUUGCAUUUAAUUUUGAUGAAAGGGAACCAGAAUAUUAUAAGGAAGGUGAAGUAUUUUUGCUUAUAAUACCAUUCAUAAGUUAUUUGAUAGAUAUUUUAGUGAAAUUAAAUAGUGGUUAUUAUGAGGCAGGAUAUUUGGUGACAGAUAGAAAGAAGAUUAUAAAACAUUUUUAUAAUUCAAAUGAAUGCAUAAUUGAUUCACUAAUAAUAAUGAUAUCAUUAGGAUAUUUUUUUGAUGGUAAUAAUAAUAAUAUUUUGUCUUUAUUUAUGAUAAUAAAAAUGUUGGAUGUUCCAUAAAGAGUAGGAUUGAUAUUAGAUAAAUUAGAAUUAACAACAAAUUAUUGGGCAAUAUAUGAUUUAAUAAGAUUGAUAUAUUUUAUAAUAAUAGAAGCUCACACAUUUUGUUGUUUUUUGUAUUUUGUUGGUAAAUAAAAUAAGAGUGUAUCAUGGAUAAUAAAAGAAGAUUUGAUAGAAGCAGAUUUAACAACAAGUUAUGUAAAUAUAAAAUUAAUUUUAGUUGACAACAUUUUAUUGGAGUGUGAUAACAAUGACAACAAUAGGAUAUGGAGAUUUUACACCAUAGAAUUUAAGUGAGAGAGUUUUGAUAAUAUUUGUAGCAAUAGUAUCAUGUUGUACAUUUGGAUUUUUUGUAUCAUCAAUAGGAUAAAUAAUAUAUUCUAUAUAAAAAAAGGAAUAGUAGAUACGAUUAGAUUUAAAUGAUUUAAAAAAAUAUCUUAGAGUGAGAGGAUUUAAUUAAGAAUUAUAAAUAAAAAUACGUAGAUAUUUUGAAUAUUUAUGGAAUGAUUGUAUGGGAUAAGAAUAAUUGGAUAUGUUUAAAUUAUAAUAAUAAUUACCUAGUAAUUUAUAUAAUGUAAUUUUACAAAGAAUUAUUAUUUUAGGAAAUGAUUCUAGAUUUAAAUUUGAAGAGUAUUUCUAAGAUUCCAUUUUUUCAUGAUAAUUUUAGUUCUGAUUUUUUAUAGGCUUUAGCUGGUGAUUUUGAAGAAGAGAAAUUAACACCUUGGUAAAGUAUAUUUACAAAAGGAGAAUAAAGUUAAUAUCUAUAUAUAUUAUGUGAAGGAGAAGUAGAAUAUUAUGUAUCACUUCCUGAAGGUUCUGGAAAUUGUAUAUCAAUAUAGAAAAUGGAUGGAUAAGAUGAAAUCUUUGGAUAAUAAGAUUUUUUAUUAGAUUAAAAUUAUUCAAUUAAUUGUAGAACAACUAAACCAUCUAGGAUAUUAAAAAUACAUAGAGAUAAAUUUUAAUAAAUAGCUAAAAAAUAUGGUUAUGUAUAUAUAAUAAUAUAAUUAAAAUAGGAAAAAUAUUGUUAACUUAAAGAUUUAGUUAAAUUUUCAGGAAGAUUUGAUGAAUUUCAUAUUUAAUGUAUUGGAUGUAAUAAAUCAACGCAUUUAUUAUACAAUUGUCCAAUGUUAACAGGAUUUCCAAGUAGAACUAAAACAUUAUUGAAAUAUAAGAAAAAAUAUUGUUAGGAAAGGUAGGUUAUUAGGAGAACUAAUUUAGAAAGGAGAAUUUCAACAUUAAGUUUAGAAAGUAAAAUUUCAGAUAGUGUUUUAUAUUAUUUAUUGAAAGAUCCUAAGAUGUCAGAAUAAUUGAAUCAUUAAAUUAAAAGAAAUAUGUAAUCUUCUUAAAAUGGAUCUCUUAGGAAAUCUUAAAAAAAAAUAACUAAUUUACCAAAAAGAGGAGUACCUAUUUUUUUAAGUCAAGAAUAAUAUUCAAGAACAUUAGAUACUAAUUUUUAAGAGAAUUUAGGAUUUUAAUAUAAUAAAGGUAAUAAUAAUAAAUAAGAGAAAAUAAUUACUUAAUUUGAUUAAGAAAUUAGUUUUGAUGAAAGUUCUAAAAUAAUAGCAGCAAUAAAUAAAUAGUUUUUAACGAAAGGAACUAUAAAUUCAAAUAAUAAUUUAAAAAGUAGUGUAGUAAUAUAAGAAAUAGAAAAAGAUUGGGAUUCAAAGGAUGAAAAAACAUUAUUAAUAGAAUCUAAAAGUAAUUUAAUUUGUAUAUACAAAAAAGGAGGAUAUCAUUAAGAAUCUAUGGGAAGAUAUAAAGAUAUAUUUGAAUGUUUUGAAUAUUAAAGAGAUUAUGAAUCAUAUAUGCCACAUAUGAACUUCAAAUUAAUACAAGAAUUCUUUUAAAAGAGUAGAGAAAUUGAUAGUUUUCAUAAUUUCAUUGAUGUAAACAUAGUAAAGAGAAAAUGGAAAAGAUCUAAAAUAGUUGUUGUCUUGGAAUCUUGAAAUAUU